CCCCGCUGCUGGGCCUGCCCGCCGGAGCGUGCCUCAGGGCCGCGCUGGCCGACUCGCGCUUCUUCUUGGUGUGCAUGUGCUUCCUGACCUUCAUCCAGUCCCUCAUGGUCUCCGGCUACCUGAGCAGCGUCAUCACCACCAUCGAGAGGAGAUACAGCCUGAAGAGCUCGGAGUCGGGGCUGCUGGUCAGCUGUUUCGACAUCGGGAGCCUGGUGGUGGUGGUGUUCAUCAGCUACUUCGGGGGGCGCGGACGGAGGCCGCUCUGGCUGGCCGUAGGUGGGUUUUUCAUUGCGCUGGGGGCUGCGCUUUUUUCGUUACCUCACUUCAUCUCUCCGCCGUACCAGAUCCAGGAACUGAACUCCUCCGUCAGUAACGAGGGCUUGUGCAUGACUGGCAAUAACACCGCCAAAGAGCCGCUGGAUUCGCCGGCCUGUGUCAAGGACUCUGGCGGAAACGAUCACUCCCUCUAUGUAGCUUUAUUCAUUUGUGCCCAAAUCCUCAUUGGCAUGGGCUCGACACCCAUCUAUACCUUGGGACCAACCUACUUAGAUGACAAUGUCAAGAAAGAAAACGCCUCGCUUUACCUAGCCAUCAUGUAUGUAAUGGGAGCACUCGGUCCUGCAGCUGGAUACUUACUAGGAGGAGUUCUUAUUGGUUUCUAUGUUGAUCCUAGGACAACUGUUUAUAUUGACCAGAGUGAUCCUCGAUUCAUUGGAAACUGGUGGAGCGGAUUUCUCCUUUGUGCCAUUGCAAUGCUCCUUGUGAUAUUUCCAAUGUUUACCUUUCCAAAAAAGCUCCCUCCUCGACAUAAAAAAAAGAAAAAGAAAAAGAAGAUGAACUCUGAUGAUGUUUCAAGUGAGGAUGAAGUUAUGAAAGAGAAAACAAAUAGCAAAAUACAAGCAGACAGUGCAGUUCCUGCCUCUAUGGGAUUUGGAAAGAAUGUUAAAGAGCUUCCAAGAGCAGCUGUCAGGAUCUUAAGCAACAUGACAUUCCUUUUUGUGAGUUUGUCAUACACAGCUGAGAGUGCCAUUGUUACAGCUUUUAUUACCUUCAUUCCCAAGUUCAUCGAGUCACAGUUUGGCAUCCCAGCUUCCAAUGCCAGCAUCUACACUGGUGUGAUUAUUGUCCCAAGUGCUGGUGUUGGUAUUGUCCUAGGUGGCUACAUUAUAAAAAAACUGAAACUUGGUGCGAGAGAGUCUGCAAAGUUGGCCAUGAUCUGCAGUGGUGUGUCUUUGCUGUGCUUUUCAACCCUCUUCAUUGUUGGAUGUGAAAGCAUUAAUCUAGGGGGGAUAAAUAUACCUUACACAACUGGUCCCACUCUUGCCAUGGCCCACAGGAAUCUAACUGGGAGCUGUAAUGUUAACUGUGGAUGUAAGAUUCAUGAGUACGAGCCUGUCUGUGGAUCAGAUGGAAUAACAUAUUUUAAUCCUUGCCUUGCGGGCUGCAUCAAUGGUGGAAACCACAGCACAGGGGUAAGAAAUUAUACAGAAUGUGCCUGUGUCCAAAGUCGCCAAGUUAUUACUCCACCAACAGUGGGCCAGCGCAGUCAGCUUAGACUGGUCAUUGUCAAAACCUACCUAAAUGAAAAUGGCUAUGCUGUUUCUGGGAAGUGUGAUCGAACCUGCAAUACACUUAUCCCAUUCCUAAUAUUUCUUUUCAUAGUUACCCUUAUAACAGCAUGUGCCCAGCCAUCAGCAAUCAUAGUGACACUCAGGUCUGUGGAAGAUGGGGAGCGGCCCUUUGCACUAGGAAUGCAGUUUGUUUUAUUACGAACUCUUGCUUACAUUCCCACUCCAAUUUAUUUUGGGGCUGUUAUUGAUACCACAUGCAUGCUUUGGCAACAGGACUGUGGCAUACAAGGCUCUUGCUGGGAAUACGAUGUCACCUCAUUUCGUUUUGUCUACUUUGGAUUGGCAGCUGGUCUCAAGUUUGUAGGAUUCUUUUUCAUUUUUUUGGCCUGGUACUCCAUUAAAUAUAAAGAAGAGCAACUGCAGAGACAGAGGUGGAGGGCUUCGCCGGUGAACACUGUGAGUGAGAUGGUGGGCCAAGCUGGACCCCAGCAAAACUAUGCACGGACUAGAUCCUGCCCUACCUUCAUUUGUCGAGGAGAGCGGUGCGGAGACAUCAGUGUGGCACAAGGAAUGAAUUGCAUAGCACAGACAUACCAUGGCCCUUUUUCAGAAGCAAUAAAUUCCUCAAACGAAAAUGCAUUGGAAGAAGUCACUGCUGAGAUAUAGACCCCUGGCUUGGUAAUAUAAUAUUUAGUUUUGUUGGUUGACUUAAAUACGGCGCCUUGUGAAACACCUGUGCCUUCUAUUUUUAAUCUCAAUGUAACACAUGACAAAACCAACAAAGCUUAAUGCAAAAAACCAUAGUAUGUUUCUGAGGGCUGGAUACCUCAAACCAACCCAAGUUCUUAUUUCUCUUUGUAAUUUUCAGGUGUGUCCAUUAAACGUCCAUGCUCUGAUCUAAUAUCAGUGUAAGGGUGAGGUAUUAUGAACAGCAAAAGUCAGUGCAAGAGUGAAAAAAACUCAUAUCAUUGAUGUCUAGACAUCACAAAAAUGCUUAAAUGUAUCAUAACUUCACAUCCAUAAAUCAUAUUUUUAAGAGAUGAGUAAUUACUGUGAGUUCUGCCUCAAAGCACAACUGAACUUGUUUAAACUAUGCAACUUACUUGGAUAAGCGAAUUAAGUGCAGCAAGUUGAGUUUAAAUUUGCUUUUAAAAAAACAUUACGGCAACUUAAUUUGAAAGGGGCUAUUUUCAGACAUGCGCAUUAGCUCAAAAAAGAACAUAAGGUUUAAAGUACUGUUAAUAACAUGUUAAGCCAUAUGAAAGUUAUGCAUCAGGUAAUGUUUGCAAAUAUUAAGACAUAAUAUCUUUAUCUUGUUAAAAUGUGCAUUCAUUUUCAUUUGAUGAGAUGCAGUAAUUCAUUACAAAGUACACAGGCUUGGAAAGUGUAAUGCUUGGAGUAAAAAACUUCCAUAUUAAUCUGUAAGAACAUUAAGACGUAGGAAUCAUACACACAUCCCAUAAGAGAGAGGUGCAUAUUUCUGCAAUGAUUUAAGCAGUUAUUUAGGUGGCUGUUGCUAAGGCCAAAUCCAUACUUUUCUUGAAGAAAAAAAGUCCAAUUAUAGCUUGAUCGGAAGUGCUUGGCUGUAUUUCAAAAAUGCAUGCCAGGCUGGUUCAGCUUAGGUGAAACAUCUCAAGAGAGCGCUAAUGGCUUCAUUUUGUGACUCACCUGCUCUUUAGGGAUUUGCAGCAUCUCACUUAUAGCAGAAGAUGCAGGGCAGGGGAUGAGGAAGCACAGCUUGCUGGCAGGCCUGAGAUGAGAAAUGAUUCAAGGGUGCUGGAAAGUGGUUUGCGCUCAGCCGUGCAUAGCACAGAGCUUUCCCCUCGUUUCCUGGCACUGCCACUGCAGUGCGCUUCCCACCAGUGAGGAGGAGAGUGUCGCUGAGACUAGCGAGGGCUGUCUCAGACCCCUAGAUUGCCCUCAUUGCUACCCCAGCUCUGCCUCUCUCACCCCCUGAGCACCCUACCCUCCGGGAUUCUGGCGGUGAGCCAUGGGGAUGUUGGCUCGCUUCCCUCCCUGGGAGCCUGCUCAUGUUUCCAAACAGCGUUGCACUCCCAUCAGGUGCAGUGUUGCAUUUUCUGAUGGACAGAUGGAUUUCUCUUCAAGUAGUUUUAUCAUUUGUCCCAUGCAUGGCCACCUUUACUGCUUUUCUCAGCUUAAUUUAAAACUUUCUUUGAAGACAAAGGCUGAGACUGCUACCCACCCUUCCAGGAGAAGCACUAGAAAUAUAGAUUGUCUCCAAGCAUGGACCCAGGAGAAGUAAUGUGGCCUUUGCGUUUUCCAAGUUACUAUUGUAUGUUUUCUCCCCUGAAGACAUUGAGACUUUUUAAUCAAAUGUACUUAGCAUUUAAUAUCUUACUCUGGAGGCGUUGUAGUGCCCUUCUUAUGAUCUACUAAUGAUGUCUCCAAGGGCAGAGAAUGCUUUCAGGUGGACACUAGGAAGUCAAAGCUGUAUUUUGCCCUGCAGAGAAUGUCUUAGAAAUUUCGGAAAUUAAAUGAACUAUUUUAAGAGAAUUCAUCGCUUCUCGGCCUUUUGGCUAAGAUCAAGUGUAGUAUCUGUGAUUGAUAGGAAGGCUUGGAUUUUGCCACAUUGAGGAGCCUGUGUAAAAAUAAAUAGGAGAGCAACACUUCUAUGUAUUUUUGAACAGAGAAAAAAUAUUUGGGAGGCUUUGGCAAUGUAAGAACCAUUUUGUUGUUGUAUUUUUUUUUUUUAAUUUACAAUAUGUAAGUUGAUCAAACAUUACAUGGGACCAAGUCCUGUUUCUGUUGAAGUUAGUGGCAAAACUCUCUUUAGCAUCCAUUGAUUUAACCUGGGAAGAACAGAGUUCCCUCUCCUUCCCCCUUGCCAGCUGCCUUCCAUCAUCGCCUGCUCUUCCUGACUGGUACGUGAAGUUACCCACCACACUGGCCCCAGAGCCUCCUUGAGAUGGUGACUGUUUAUCACAGAGCAUCUCCAUUCAUUUAUGUGAUUUGUAAGACUUCCACUCUCUGUGGCUGCAAAAUUAACAGGUGGUUAUAGCUUUUAUCCCUACUGUAAAAUGGAAUAAUAUUAUUGACAUUAAUGAGAAGUGUAGCACUUUAAGUUACCUUCUGCUAUUCUUUAGCUCUUAAUAGCUUUUUGGAGUCAAGCCUGAGAAUUUUUUUUCCCUUGUGCAGCCGUUAGGCCCAGUACAUCCUCAGUCUGUAAGUGCAGUGUGGGACAUAGCUUCUAUGCUUCUCCUCCCCUAGAAUAAAUUUCCUUGGUUCAAAAGCACUAGGGACAUUUCUUUGGCUAUAGCAGAUCAGAGCAGAUGAUAAAAAUGGCUCCUUCUGCUGGAGUCUGGGAUGCUCCUUGCACCAAGAAAUUCCUGCCUUGGCAAACUUUGAGGCAAAGUGGUAGGAGAGAGAGUAAGAAACCAACUCAUUUUAAUCAACAAAGGAUGAUGUGAAGAGAGACAAUCUUUUCAAAUACCUCAAAAAUAGAGCAUUUAGGGAAUCAUAAAAGGCUGGAACUGGUUCAUCUGUCUAUUGCUAUUCUCUUUCAUGCCUUGUGUGGACUUCUACUCCAUAGGAAUAAAAAGUGGGAGCAGAUCAGGCUUGUUGGAUCUUCGGGAACUAAUACUGGUCACAGAAGAUGAAAGUAAUGAAAGUGGCAGCUCUACAACCGCGGGAGUUCUGAGCUAGUUUCAAGGGAAUUCAGAGCUGGUCCGAAUUGAGAAUUUCUACUUUUCUGGAAACCCUGAUGCUUCAAAUUCUAAAAAACGUUCUUUCUUGAAGUGACUGAGAAACUGAAAUGUAAAGGGAAAGGUAUUCACUCUAGAAAUACUGGAAAAGUCUUGUUUGAAAAGUC